AUGGCCCGGGCUGUCUUCACCGCAGUCUUCCUCUCCAUCCUCUACCUCGCAAAGGUCGCCAUCAACGACCUCUUCGUCGCCGAUGGCCUCAGCGACGUCAUCCAGGCGCAGCUCCGCGCCGAGCCGGUCCCCUUCACCUCGCUGAAGCCCCUGGACGGCCUGUUGACUAUGCUCGUUCGCUUCUUCCAGCCCAUCCUCGCCGGGAACGACCCGGCCCUGACCCUGUUCUGCAUCUUCAUGGUCGGCCAGCUGCUGGCCGUGCACGUCGUCGUCCAGGUCGAGGGCAUGAGGGCCGGCAACCGGGGGAAGCUGAUCUCCUACACGACACUCUGGGGCCUUGGCUGGCAACUCUUCACCGUCGGCGCCACGCUGCCCGUCUACUUCCUCGUCUAUAUCUACACCUCCCCCAUCCCGACCGUUCUGGGCCCCGACGCCUUCGCCGCCGCCAUCUCCGUCGACCCGGCCCAAGCCCGGGCCUUACCCGGCUCCCUGGCCAUCGGUGCCGUUCUCCCGACGCUGCUGGCGGCGCUCCCGUCCCCCAGCGUCAUCGCGCCGCACACGCAGGAGAUCGCCCUCGCCGCCUGGCAGGCCUUCCCGCUGUGGUCCGGCAUCGCACAAGCCAUCCUUUCUCGGCUCGUCGGUGCGGGCUCGUCCGGCGCCGUGCCAAGAACCGGAAAGCACGUCACGGCUGACGGGCUGGGUGACCUGCAGAGGAUCUACGCCCUCACGCUCUCCGCCGCGGGCCUGAUAUCCUACGGCGUUAUCGGGUAUGUCUUUUGGGCGUCCGGAUGGGCUACGGAUCCCGCCCGCGAGACGCUGCGAGCGAUGUUCGUGCCCCCGUCUCCGUUUUCCCAGGCCAAGAUGGCGUCGGUUGAGAGGGGCACGCUGGCGCUGCUGCAAUGGGAUAUGUACUGCGCCACCCUCGUGACGUGGAGCUGGAUCGCGUACCUGUCGUACCAGACCAAGGGCGUUGGACGGGCUGUGUUGGACCUGGGGAGGUUGCUAGUGUGGAGUGCCAUCGUCGGGCCCGGCGGUGCGGCGUUGGCCGUUGUUUGGGGACGGGAUGUUGAGUUCCUGCAAAGCGGCGGCGGGAAAAAGAAGACCGGGUAA